AUGAGUUCAAGUACCUUUCGUAAACGCAGAAAUAAUUUGUAAGCCAGCAUGCCUGUAGACUAACCAUAAUAAUUUGAAGAAGAAACUUAGCAGUUGUCAUAAAAUAUAAAUUCAAGAUAACAUUUCUAUGAUUAUUCUUAGAGGUACUAUUUAUCUUGAUUUAGAAUUUAAACUAUUGAUAAAUUCCUAAAAGAUCUUUAGAAGCUAAAGCAAAUGUCUUUCUAUAAAAACUGA